GGCAGCAUUGAUACAUAUCUCGGGCUCAUCAAAGAGCACCUUGCCGUUGCAGCGUGAGUGUGCUCGACAGGGCAGAUCCGGGGGGAUAUGUCACAGCAAAAUGGGGGUUCUGCCUCCCUGGCGUCUGUAGAGACAGCGCCACCCACCCACGCAUUUCUGCGCACUACCACUACCACUACUUCGGCAUUCUCCUCGUCGAACACGACCCGAUCCUCGAGUACGCCGUCGAGAAGGGUGGAGAUACCGCCUCUUUCAGCGGCCACAACCGAGUUACUCGCACGAGUCAAUGGAAGUCUAAAGGGCACAGAGCAGAGAUAUGGUAACAAAUCCAUCGGUUGGAACCCUCCAACUGGAAAUCGAUUUGUUGGAAACAACUUGAACGGUCCUCGCACAGGCACUAUGAGGGCCUCUUCGAUUAUCAUCGAAUUGCCUACGGCACCAUUCACGUAUGCGAACAAUGGGGUGUCACCUGCGGCUUCCUCGAGUACUAUUACCCGCGGAUCUCCUGUGGAUCUUCCCCGGGGCCCGAACAAUAUUACACCUAAUCCAUCACCAGUGCCUCCACCUGCGGCUUCCCCAAGUAUUGCUACCCAGAGAUCUCCUGUGGAUCCUCCUGGGGGCCUGAUCAGUAUUGCACCGAGACCAUCACCAGUGCCUCCGACUGCACCAACAGAUGGAAUACCUGAAGUAUCAUCCAAUGGCCCUGUAUUAGCGCCGCCGCCGCCGCCAGCAGCAGCAGCACCACCACCGGCGGUGGCAUCUUUACCACUAUUACAGCCUCGGACAACCGUCUCGAAUGCCAAACCUUUAUCUACAGCAAGCUCAAUCUCUAAGUCUAAAAGGCCCACGACAGGAGGCUCCCGUAACAGGAAGAAUAUCACGAAUGGAACCAAGAACAAGAAGCGCCGCCGCAACAAGGACAGUGACGAAGAAAGCGUCAUCCGGGCCGGUGAUUCCAGCAGCGACGAAUCCGAUGUUGCCCCGACAGCAACCCAGACAAAGUCUGGCCGACAGGUCAACCGACCCUCCUUGUAUGUGCCUCCGCCUUCAUUGCCGGCUGCUGCCAAAGAGACAAGCAACUCAUUUGAGACGUCGGACAACACGCGUGGUUCCACGACGGCAACAACUCGGAAACGUAAGCGCGUUCAACGCAAAGCGAAGGAUGGUAACAUCACUUGUACCCGAUGCCAGAGGGGCCAUAGCCCUCUGACCAACGCGAUUGUUUUCUGCGAUGAAUGCAAUGGGGCCUGGCACCAAUUAUGCCACGAUCCUCCCAUCAGCGUGGAGGUUGUCACCGUUCAAGAGAAAGAAUGGUUCUGUGGGGAAUGCAAGCCUGUGCCGAUUACCAUUGUUCAGCCAACAGUUGUCAGGAGCAAUCCGUUCCUUGCGAAAACACAGCCAACCCCUAUUUCGACUUCUUCCUUGAUAGUCCCUCGAGCUGAAGUAAGCGCGGGGGGCUACUCGGUCGAAGAACGCCGAGGGUUCCUAUCGGGCUUGUCGCAUGCAACACUUGUUGAGCUUCUUAUGAACAUAUCGGAAGGUAAUCGAAACCUGCCAAUGUUCCCCGCUAAUUUGAAGGACUACCAGUCAUCAAACUUCUCAGUCUGUCCUAGCUCGUCAGCCGUGACGAGUACUUCUACUUCCGUUCAAGGAUCUGUUCUGCAGACAAAUGGCCUGGGGGCCUCUGCGGCCACCUCGGCGGAAGAAUCAGCUAGACCACCAACCGCAUCUGCACCGGAUGUCUCGACUACUUCAUCUCACCGAAGGAGAUACGAAGAGUCUUCUGAUGAAGAACCAGAGUAUGAGUUUCAGGAGCAUCGUCUAUAUCCACGCGCCGGCAACGGCUUCCGGCUGCCUGUUGGGCUGGAUGACUUGGACAUCCUCAGCGAGGAUCCUGCUUGUUCAACGUUCAGCUAUUCGUUGCAUGGGCCUGCUCAAAUCCGCGCUCAAAUGAAACAGAACGUGCCAAUAUGGGGCUCGUGAAUAUGGCUUCUAUGUGUAUUACUAUCAUUAGGCCUUUCAUCCUUCGCCUUCUGUGUACGAUCAAUAUUCUCUGAUAGAUAUUCUAGAUUUGUUCUUCCGUUGGGAACGAGACUUUGGGAAUAGAGUGCGUGCAAUUCACUCAAUGCGCCC